UCUACUUGUCACUCUCACCUUUCAAUCUCCCCCAAUUUCAAUAUUAUUAUCACUCACUCACUCACCCACUCACUCUAUCUCUCUCUCCAUUAUCGCCACCAAUCACCACCGCCGGUCACCGGAUCGCCACCACCGCCGGUCACUCCAUUCUCAUCCGUACCGGUACAACCAACACCUUUCACUUUUUCUUCCGCUUUAAUCGCUAAAUCACUGACCUAGGGUUUUAAACUCUUAAUUUUAGCACAAUCAUUAGAUUCACUGAUAAUAUACCGUAGAUAGUAACAUAUUUUAAGUUAUUAUAACAUAUGUUAGGGUUAGUUAGUUUACUCUAUUGAUUUGUUGGAUUAGAAGAUUGAAAACUAUAAGAUUGAAAACUAUAGGAUUGAAAUAUAUAGAAUAUGUUGAAUAAAAUUAUGAAGCGAGGGCAACGGAAGCCGAAACCGGAUACUGAUGGUUACGGUUAUCCGGUAUCUGGAAACCGGAACUCUGAAUCGGUUUCGACGUCGAAUGUUGUUGCUAAUCAGUCGUUACGCAGUGGUUCUGCUUCGAGUGCUAAUAAUUUGGUGUCCGGUGGAGCUGUGGAUGCUCUGCCGAUGUUUAGAGAUGUUCCGGGGUCGGAACGACAGAAUUUGUUUGUUAGGAAGUGUCAGGUGUGUUGUGUGCAGUUUGAUUUUUCGGAUACGUUGAAAAUGGUUAGGGAGAAGGAGGUUAAAAAGUUGAGUUUAGUUGAGCUUGUGGAUUAUGUACAGUCGGGUUCGGGGAAGAUUAGCGAGAGUAAUCAAGAGGAAAUGGUUCGGAUGAUUUCGGUUAAUAUAUUUAGGUGUUUGCCGCCUAGCUGUUAUGAACACACAGGGUCGGAGAACGUUGAAGCAGAUGAGGAAGAACCGUAUCUUGAUCCGUCGUGGUCGCAUUUACAGCUUGUUUAUGAGCUUCUUUUGAGGUAUGUCGUGUCGUCGGAUACGGAUGCAAAGGUUGCGAAACGUUUCAUUAAUCAUUCGUUCGUUUUGAAGUUGCUAGACAUGUUUGAUUCCGAGGACCAACGUGAGCGCGAAUAUUUAAAAACUAUUUUACACAGAAUAUACGGGAAGUUUAUGGUACACCGUCCGUUUAUUAGGAAAGCGAUUAAUAAUAUAUUCUAUAGGUUUAUCUAUGAAACACAACGACAUAACGGUAUAGGUGAGUUGUUGGAAAUACUUGGAAGUAUAAUUAACGGUUUUGCAUUACCAAUGAAAGAGGAACACAAGUUGUUUCUUGUUAGGGCGCUUAUACCGCUUCACAAGCCUAAAUCGGUUGCUAUGUAUCAUCAGCAGCUUUCGUAUUGUAUCACUCAGUUUGUAGAAAAGGAUAAUAAGUUGGCGGAUACUGUUAUAACGGGUUUGCUUAAAUGUUGGCCGAUUACUAAUUGUCAAAAGGAAACUCUUUUUCUUGGGGAGCUUGAAGAAGUGUUGGAAGCAACUCAAGCGGCGGAAUUCCAACGGUGCAUGGUUCCUCUUUUCAGACAAAUCGCUCGGUGUCUUAAUAGCCCUCAUUUUCAGACAGCAGAACGAGCUCUAUUCUUGUGGAACAACGAGCAUAUCGUAAGCCUAAUUGCUCAAAACCGCAAUGUGAUUUUACCAUUAGUCUUUGAAGCACUCGAGAACAACAUUCAAUCUCACUGGAACCAAGCAGUGCAUGGGUUGACGGUUAAUGUCCGUAAAAUGUUUCAAGAAAUGGAUGCAAAAUUGUUUGAGGAGUGCCAGAAGCAAUAUGCCGAGAAACGGGCCCACGCCAGCGAGGCAGACAAGCAGCGUGAGCUGACAUGGCAAAAAUUAGCCGAUGCUGCCAACAGAACACAGUGAAAGAUUUUACACCGUCGUGUCUUUUUUUUAAAUUUUCUGUGGUUAAACAUCAAAGAUUAUUAGGUAUAAAAACGAUAAUUUUAAAUAGCAGAUUAAUAGAAACUUUUUCGUUACAGUC